AUGACUCCGAGCGCGGAUUCGCCGCCGCAACCAAGCAGCACCUUCGACGAAGGGGAGUGUCAUUUCUUCAAGAUCCCGGUCGAGUUGCGCUUCAACAUCUACGAAUACGCCCUUACCUCUGUCACGAUUGAAACGGAUCCCAGCAACCUACAGACUCCAGCCAUUCUUGGGGUAUGCAGAAGCAUGCGCAGCGAGGCUUUACCAAUCUGGAGCAGUCAGAUUAACUCGAUCACGGACAAGAAAAUCGAGGAACACAGUGCACUGGCGCGAGAGAUGGAGAUGCACAAGGUAGGGUCUGACAGAUCCCUUACUACCAUCCUCGAGGGAUUGCAGUACAUAUGCCUCUUCGGACGUCAAGCUACGGCAUUCAGAGUUGCCCAGCAGUGGAUCGACUUGAUGGUCAGGGAGCGCAAGAAGCGGGUGACUUGGGAAAAGCGCGUGCUGGAGUAG